AAUACAAUAAUAGAUAACCAUAUUAAAUAGUCAGUUGACGACAGACGGACGCGUCCGAUAUGUACAAAAUUAUAUUGUUAUCUGUGUUCAUUGUAAAUGUAUCGGCUUAUAAUGUGCUUGUUGCGUUCCCUUACCCUGGGAAAAGCCACUCCAUCCUUGGAGAGGGAUAUGUGAAGCUACUUCUGGAAGCUGGACAUGAUGUGACGUAUAUAACGCCGUUUUUGAUAAAACCAUCACAUCCGAAACUUCGGCAAAUUGACGUUUCGUCUAACAUAGAAUUGUUUCCUUUUGAAUCAACACUAGAUAUAAAAAAAAUUAUAGAUGGUGAAGUAGACUUCAGUGACAUGGGAAUGAUGUACAGUUUAAUGCAUGAUAUAGCUAAUGAUGCGGUGAUGCAUCCGAAUAUUCAAAAAUUUAUGUCAGACAGCAACGAACGGUUCGAUGUGGCUAUAGUCGAAUGGCUGUACUCUGACGUAUAUAGUGGGUUCUCAACUGUAUUCAACUGUCCGUUCAUUUGGUCAUCAUCUAUGGAGCCUCAUCCAAUGAUCUUGAGGCUAAUUGAUGAUAUGCCGAAUCCAGCUUACACGCCAGACCACAUGUCACCCUUAAAUCCACCGCUGACAUUUCGGCAGAGAGUGGAAGGACUGUGGAAUAUACUGAAGGUCUCUUAUUCCAGAUGGACAAUGGCGGACAGAGUGUUAAGUUCUUAUAACAAUGGUUACGGCCCAGCUAUGGCUAAGAGAGGAAGACGGUUACCCUUCGACGAAGUGAAGUACAACGGCUCUUUGGUUAUAGGAAAUUCUCAUGUUUCAUCUGGUUUGGCGCUACAAUUGCCGCAAAAUUACAUUCCUGUCGCAGGAUAUCACAUCAAUCCUAAAGUUGUACCUUGCCUAAAGUAAAAUUUACAAGAAUUAAUGGACAAAUCCAGCGAAGGAGUUAUUUACUUCAGUAUGGGAUCAAUGAUGAAGGGAAAGACAAUGCCAAAUGAAAUGAAAAGGCAGUUUCUGAAAACGUUCAGCGGUUUGAAACAAACAGUCAUUUGGAAGUUGGAAGAAGAUUUACCGAACUUGCCUAAGAAUGUUCAUAUUGUACAGUGGGCGCCUCAGCAGAGUAUUCUUGCACAUCCCAACUGCGUUCUCUUUAUUACCCACGGAGGACUUCUUUCUACAACAGAGACUUUACAUUUUGGUGUUCCCAUCAUUGGCAUCCCAUUAUUUGCUGAUCAGUUCAUAAACACCAAGAGAGCUGUCACUAAAGGGUUUGCUAUUGAAGUUAAUAUUGGUUAUGAUACGCCAGCGAAGCUCGGAGGUGCUAUACAAGAAAUUCUUGGAAAUCCUAAAUACCGAGAGAAAGUCAAA